AUGGCAUUAUCUCAGCCCUCGUACUUCCUUCGGCUGACAUUGCAGCUAGGCACCGAAAUGGUGAUACAGCUGGAUAAUGUUUAUGUUCCACAUUCAGCUGUAACACCCAUUCGGUGCCUAGCUAUCCUACCACCAGAAGGAAUCACGAGGGCUGAGAAAUUAGCGAGUUGCCCAAGCAUAGCAAGGAGUAUUCAAGAUGCUGAGGCCACCCUUGACAACAUGGAAAAUGGUUUCUUCGCUAAAUCCCAAGUCACCGAGGAAGAUUCGUCUGUCUCACAAAGCGCUCGUUUGGCAUUCAUUCAUUUGGAUGCUUCUGACGCAAUAGGACACGCCGCCAACCGUGAAUCCCCAAUCUCCAGAUCUCCACAGUACCGCUCCUUGCUGCGUCAGUUUGAUGGCUUUCUGUCCAAAAUAAUUCGCACAUUGAAGCGGGUCUCUGAAGGACUGAAUGUGCGAGUGGCUUUCGUGCUCACUGCCGACCAUGGGAUGACUGACUCAGCUGGACGAUUUUUAUAUUUUAUUGAACUCCUGAUAGAUGGUCAUGGAGGUGAUUCUCUGCAAGAAACAAUCACACCGCUUUUGGUUUGGGGCGCCGGACUAGUGGGUCCAAAACUAUCUGAAAGUUCUUCCGAAAAGCACCUACUUACGCAGACUGAUUCAUACGGUUUUCCGGUGCAGAUUGAAGGACGUCGAAUGAGCGAAAUUCAACAAGUUGAUUUAUGCCCAUUAAUGGCCGCUUUGCUGGGAAUACCAAUACCCCAAAAUUCGAGGGGUCGCCUUCCAUUGGCUCUGGUGAAUUCCAGCGAUCCGGUCAAAUUCCAAAUGAUUCGCGCAAAUUGUCUGCAGUUGAUCGCACAAUUACAUCGACCCAAGUGGAUAGAGCGCGAAUUUACUGACCGGAAGGUCCGUGGUUCGAACCUGACCUCUGACUUUCGACUUCCCCUGUCUAGGUUUGGGCAACCGUGCAGUAUCCCAAACCUCAUGCAGCCUUCGGGUGGCAUGGCAGCUAGGCACCGAAAGGGUGUUACGGCUGAACGGUGGUACGAGCGGCUGGCCAGUAGUUCUGAGAAUACAAAGAACGUAUUAUGUUUACAAACUUCCGGGGCAUUCCUUGGUGGGCAAGCGUCUCAAGAAGAACAAACCGAUCAACCGAGUCGAAUGCGCCUCGAAAAUCCAGGAAUACCAGGGUUGCGGUUAACCCAAGAGGAUGUGGCAAACCGCAUGCAAAGAGCCGAAACUUUGGGAGCUAAACGUGAAUAUGCAGAUGCGAGCUAUAAACCUAUAAUAAUCAAUAAUAAUCGUCCAGCUGUAGCACCCUUUCGGUGCCUAGCUGCCAUGCCACAUGAGGGCUGUGAUACUGCCAGGUUGGCCAAGCCUAGACAGGGAAAGUCGAGUGGCAGAGGUCGGGUUCGAACCACAGACCUUCCGAUUGAGCAAUACUCACAACUGGAAGAACUUGUCAUUGCCGCUCUUGACUAUUAUGAUACCUACGAUCGAAAAUUCUUCCGCAUUCUUCAGCGUAAUAUGCUGCAUGGUGGUCGCCUCAUGUUUCAGUUGUUUUCUCCACACUCAUGUGCUUUCAUAUGGGCGAGAUGGCUCAAAUGGUUAGAGCCCGAAUCUGCUGACCGGAAGGUCCGUGGUUCGAAUCCGACCUCCGCCACUCGACUUCCCCUGUUUAGACUUGGGCAACCUGGCAGUAUCUCAGCCCUCGUGCUUCCUUCGGGUAGCAUGGCAGCUAGGCACCGGAAAGGUGUUACAGCUGAACGCUUUCAUGCUUUCAUUUUAAGCCAUAUAGAAAAGAUAACCGCGUACAUGCAUAUCUGUGGACAAUACUUUUGCGUUGAGAAAUUAGUCCAUGCGCUGAGUCGAUCACUUUAUCCGGUUCUUGCCUCAUACUCGCGGCCUGUUAGCCACACCGUGUGCCAAAUCAUGCCGCUGAUUUUCGCACUACAUCUGGCGUGGUCGCGGCAACGCCAAGCGCAACUUGUGAACCUCAUUAAAGGUACUGCUCAAGGAAUGUCCCAAGCUAUGUGUGCCCUGAAGACAGUUGGACCUUUGGCAUCGUUUUUGUCGGUCGUGCCUCUCUUGCUCGCAGUACUUAACUAUGUGUGUAUUCUGGAACUCUUGAUGUGGGGUUUCUCCCAUCGCUUAUGUUUGUCGGCCGCGAGUAUUUUGGUCUCAACCUGGCCGCUGAUGGACCGGUCGUUUGGAAGAGGUCGUAAGACCCUACGAUUCCUUUGGCCGUUCGCCUGCAUCCUACUUGCCAUCUUCCCCCUUCUCCCCGUGUCCUCAUCCGUUUACAAUCCCUUUCUUGUAACCUUCGGUGGAUUGACAAUCAGCGUAAUUAUUGCGGUGUUUGUACGGCGCCUUUUCAUGUCAACACAAUUGCAGGUGAAGUGCCGAUAUGCUAUUUUUCCAUUUGUCAUGAGCUUUCUCGUUGCGGUGGCCAGCCUCGCUGUUCUUGUGAUGCGCUCAUCUACCUCUGUAGCCCCAGUGGUGCGGCGUGCAGUCCAACUUUUCAGCUGGUCUUCUUUGGUGCUUCCAUUUUUUCUGUUUGUUUUGGUGCCUAAUAAAACGGGGCAUCGCUUGUUUUACUGGAUUACUGCAAUGACGGUUCCGUACAUUUUACUCAGCUUCGGGUACGAGGUGCUAUUCCUUGGUGUAUUUCUAUGCGUCGGUCUUCUUUGGAUACAAAUGGAGCUUCCAAACAUGCCGGCAAAUAGACCAUGGGACCUUGAAACAGCAUGCUUAUGCACGAGAAACAACAGACUCCAAACACAAGGUCAUUCGUGCAAAUUCGAGACAUUUCGACGGGCUUUGUUUUUUGUAUCCUUUUUUGGAAGCUACAAACCAAUGUACAGCAGUCGUGGCCUGUUCUUCAGAAUCAUCCAGUUGUAUGUUCUCUGUUCUUAUUUUCACGUCACUUUGUCUGUCACUUGUGUUUGCGAACUUCCCUCCUCGGAAAUAUUCCUUAAGCAAUGUUUCCAGAUCUUUUUACUCAUCGUGAGUUUCUUUGGGAUUGCUGACGUUUCCACACUUAACAAGUACGUCAACCGGCUUUUGGACUAA